AAUCAGCGUCCCCGAGGGUCCCGGUUGUAACUCCUCCGCGGAAGCGCUGGGACUCAAAUGGUCCCCCCGACGCCGAGGAUGCGGGUCCGGAGGCCCCCCACCCUCCUCCUGCUGCUCUCGGGGGCGCUGGUCCUGACCCCCAGCUGGGCCGGCCCCCACUCCCUGAGGUAUUUCAGCACCAGCGUGUCCCCGCCCGGCCGCGGGAAGAUUCGCUUCCUCUCCGUCGGCUACGUGGACUACACGCAGUUCGUGCGGUUCGACAGCGACGUCCCGAAUCCGAGGGAGGAGCCGCGGGCGCCGUGGAUGCAGCAGCCGUGGGUGGAGCACGAGGACCCGGGGUAUUGGGACCGACAGACGCAGAUCAACAAGGACGAGGCACAGACGUUCCGAUUGGACCUGCAGACCCUGCGCGGCUACUACAACCAGAGCGAGGACGGGUCUCACACGGUCCAGGUGAUGUAUGGCUGCGAGGUGGGACCCGACGGGCGCCUCCUCCGGGGGUACGAGCAGCACGCCUACGAUGGCGCCGACUACAUCGCCCUGAACGAGGACCUGGCCUCCUGGACCGCGGCCGACUUGGCUGCACAGAUCACCCGGCGCAAAUGGGAGGCAGAGGGUGUGGCAGAGCGACUGAGGAGCUACCUGGAGGGGGAGUGUGUGAAGUGGCUCCGCCUUUACCUGGAAAAAGGGAAGGAGACCCUGCAGCGCGCAGAACCUCCAAAGGCACAUGUGACCCACCACCUCGUCUCUGCCCGUGAGGUCACCCUGAGGUGCUGGGCGCUGGGCUUCUACCCUGCGGACAUCAGCCUGACCUGGCAGCGUGACGGGGAGGACCAGACCCAGGACAUGGAGCUGGUGGAGACCAGGCCUGCGGGGGAUGGCACCUUCCAGAAGUGGGCGGCCGUGGGGGUGCCCCCUGGAGAGGAGCAGAGAUACACGUGCCAUGUACAGCACGAGGGGCUGCCCGAGCCUCUGACCCUGAGAUGGGAGCCGCCUUCUCAGACCUUCAUCUUCAUCAUCAUGGACAUCGCCGGGGUCCUAGUUCUGCUAGGCAUUGUGUUUGCAACUGUGAUGUGGGGGAAGAGGCGCUCAGGUGGGAAAGGAGGGAGCUACGCUCAGGCUGCCAGCAGUGACAGCGCCCAGGGCUCUGGUGUGUCUCUCUCGGCUUCUAAAGGGGAGAUCCUGCCGUAGGGAGAGUGUGAGGCAGCUCCCCUGUGGGACUGAGUGAUGGAAGAUGUGUUCACGCUCCCACUUCCUGACUCAAGAACCUCUGAUUUGGGGGCUGCCCUCGCCCUGCUCCCCAUGCUCUCCUGUCAGCAGAGGCAGGCUGGGCCCUCCCCAUUCCUGUCUUUACUACCUGGGGCUCUGAGCUGCAACUUCCUGCUCUGUAUUAAAAUGAGAUUCUGGAUGUGACCUUGUGUGUUUACUUGUUGUCAUGAAAGGUUGGGGGGUUAAUUAAAGGGGAACCUCCUAAAUUCUGAGAGGAAAUAAAUUGAAGCAUCAAGAGCUUUCCAGAA